UUAAUAUGAAGCGCCAUCUACUGGGCCUAACAAGUUAUCCUGGAGAUAUCACGACGGUACAAAAAUCCACUCAAGCAAAGGAGACUUCCUGAAGUUUAAAAAAUGUCGGGUAUCGACAAAGUGCUAGCAUUGAUUGUACAGAACAAAAUUGCAGCUAUACGGUUUGAGCUGGUUGACAUCCAUGGCAUUGGGCACAGCAGGCUAAUCACAUCGAGGCACUUCAAAGACAAAGCUGUUCAUGGCUCCAGUUUUGAUCUCCUGGCCCUGAUCUUAGACCCCAAAGGGAACAAGUUCUCUGAUAGUGGCAUAUGCACUGAAGAUGUCGAUGCCAUUGCUUAUCCAGUCUACGAAACAUUCCAGAACUUGGUUUGGUGUCAGAGUACUGCCAGGAUCCUUGUAGAACCUACCAUCAAAGGAGAAUACAUUCCGCAGUAUCCAAGAAACAAUGCAAGAAGGCUGCUGGACCGACUGGGAGAACAAGGGGUGUCUCUCUUCUCUUCAUUUGUGCAUGAGUUCUAUCUAGUGGAUGAGAAGACGGGGGAGCCAGCAGAGAAGAGCAACAACUAUGGAGCCACAAGUAGACUUUGUAAGCUUGAGUCAUUCAUCAAUCUUUUAUUGGCAUGUUUGCCAAGAGUUGGUGUUGAUGUAGAGAGUAUUGAAACAUUGAAUGCUCCUGGCCAAAUCAGAGUCACCUACAAGUCGGCCUUUGGUGUUGGUUCAGCAGACAACGCCUAUACCUUCAAGUCAACCGUGAAGGAAUUAGCCAGCAGGAAUGACUUUGUUGCAACCUUCAUGACAAAGCCUUGGCCAGAACACAGAGGCAGCACGUCAUACUUGUGUCACUCGCUCUGGAGUCUGCAAGAACAUAAAUGCAUUGUCUUUGACUCGACAGGAGAAAAUGGUUUGUCAAGCAAGUGUCAGAAAUGGAUUGCCGGCAUCCUAUCCCAUUCCCAGGCUAUAACAGCGCUAAUGGCUCCAACGGUCAACUGCUAUAGUCGCUUCGAGACAGCGCCAACAUCCCUUGCCCCAAAUAAUUGUUCCUGGGGAAUCAGUAACCGCACAUGUGCUAUUCGUGUGAAGAUAGAUGGUUCAAAGCGAACCAUCAUUGAAAAUCGCAUACCCUCUGGUGCAAGUAAUCCUUAUGUGGUACUGGCAGCAACAGUUGCAGCUGGUCUAGAUGGGCUUCAUACUGACAUGCCUCUCAGAGCACCUACAGAAGGGAGUGCCUAUGAUCAAGGAUAUGACUUGCCAGAGCUUCCCCUAUCUUUAGAGCAAGCUAUGGAGGUCUUAGAGACAGAUGAAGUGAUUGUUGAUGCACUGGGUAGAGACUUCAUUAAAUAUUUCAUUGCUGCAAAGAGGCAUGAAUGCAGUGAGGCACUUCGGGCCAAGAAAGUUGCAACAGUUGAUUGUGAAACCUGGGAGCAUAGCAUGUAUUUUGACACAGUCUAAAUUUGCUUUUAUCCAUGUUAAAACUCAUGUUAGGGUAUUUUCACUAUUUUGAAGAUAAAAAUGAAUUGAUAUUGAAAAAAGUAUUCUCGCAGAAUUAAACAAAAAUAUAUUGAUAAUGGAUAAUUUUUUCAUCAUAUUCUUCCUAAAUGUCAUGGAAUAAAUUUCAAAUAUCACAAUGAUUACUUUAAUCUUUCCCAUACUUUUUGUUUAUCUUUUGUCUCAAAUUUCAAGUCCAUACUGUAUACUUUUAAUUUAUUCACUUAGGUACGAUAGAUUAUUGAUUGAGGUACCAUUGAUUACUUUUAGUUUUCCCUGCACGAUGUUGAUAUACAUGUAUUUUUAUUUACUCCUGAUAUUGUAGAAUCUUUUGUUAUAACAAUUCAUAAUGACUCGCGGGUCACUGGAAGAUAUGCAGGUGUAUAUAUAUUUGUUCAGUUUACCCAGCUAAAAUCAUGGUUAUUGUCAUUUUAUGUAUUUUCAGUUCUUUGUAUCCAAAACAAAUUUGGUUUCUUCUGGUUAUUUAAUUAAAAAAAAUAAACUGAAAAAAUCCACCAAGAUGAUUUGAAAAACAUGCAAGUAAGAAUUUACAGUUCCUGGCAGUAAGACAUUCACAUGUUGGCUAUGUUCAUCAUGGUCAUGACAUGAAGGAAUCAAAUAUUUUAAUUUUUACUCAUUAUUUAACAAUACUGUAUAUGACUAAAGGUUUUCUCAAGAUACAGGCAGCCCAUGUGGAUGUUGUUUAAAACUAUGGUAUACUAUGAGUUUAGUCUACAACAAUGAGUUAUGGUUCACGCUGGAAUUACAAGCUGCAGGGGGUCUGUGAUAUCAAUUUCCUGUCAUGAGGACACAAAUGCAGUCAUGUGGGCUAGCUUGGUUCUGUACUGUACAUGUACAUGUAGAACCCCUCUGCAGACCUGCCAACCAGUACGUUUUAGCCGUAUUUAGUACGUUUUUGCAACCAAAAUGCGGCAGUACGUUUUUUCUUUGAAAAAUACGUUUUUUACUCAAUAAUAAUUUAUUGAGAAAAAUAAUCUCUAUAUGUCUAUUUCAUAAAAUGUACACAAAUAUGGUUAUUAGAUCAAUGUAAUUUCAGGUAACUUGUUUUUUUUUUUCAAUCAUUUUGUUAAAACUAGGGUGAAGAUAUACACAUGUUUUAAUGUUUUUUUUUUUUCAUCUGCAAGAGCAGUGCGCAUUUUAGCUUGCAUGCAGCUUGAGCGCUGCGAUUAGCGAGUGCGCCAAGCAUUUAUUAUGAAAUACACUUUUUUGGGGAAAAUACAGUUUUUUUAUCACAAUACAGUUUUUCAUUCCCAGAGGUUGGCAGGUCUGCAUAUUUAUCUCACACGGUAAAAAUACUGAUUUUUUUGUCAAAAUACUGAUUUGGGGGGAUAAGAAUACUGAAAAUGCAAAAUACAACUUGGCAGCUCUGCCUCUGUUAUUUCAGAAUAUUGUUUGUGCAGAAUGCAAUUUACCUAUAUACCUGUAUAUGCAAGAGGCAUGUGCUAAGUAAUUCGAAAUGAGCAACUACAUGAAACUCAUAAUUUUAAACAAAGAUUGUUAUUGAUAAAGAGGCUUUAAUAGGAGGUAAUAAAACCUCUUUAUUUACUAUCUAUAAUUGUCCGCGGCGGACUUCAUUUGCAUAUUAGUGAGUCAGAAAGAAGAGAUCGAGGGUACUUGUAUUCCAGUUCAUUGUGACUUAGCCGUGAACCAGAAUAGCCUGGUGGUUGAGUCGCUGCCCGGCAAGCAGUAGAUGACAGGCCACUGGUUCCAAUUUUUUCUGACUAAUGAUUUUUAUUACAGAUCGAGCAUGCAAUCUUAAACACAGGAGUAAUGCCAAAAAAAAAAUUCACAAAUUAAGAGUGUUAUUGUUCCCCCUUCCAUUAUGCUUGUCAUUGAUGGCAGCAUGGUAGGAAGAAAUAACUUUGAGUUUUAAGGUUUUAUUAAAAGACCGCAACUAAAACUUGAAAUUCUGAAGCUCUAAUGGGUCACUAAAGUAUGCAUGUACACAUUAUCUUUGAUGUAUUUUCAUUGUUUAUCCCCUCAAAAAAAAAAUUGACUUUCAUAUCCUUUGUUCAUAAAAAAACAGAUUCUGAAAAAUUCCACUGGACUGUUGAAUGUGAGCCUUCAAGUAACUAUCAAGCAUACAUUAUAAUUGAGUUGAUUUAUUUUUGUACGUGGGUAUUAUUCUGGAUUUCUGUUUAUGUGACAUGUAUCUGUAUACAAAGUGCUGUAUAAUGCCAUACGAGGAACUGCCAAUGAGUGCCUGUAACCUUUAGUGAUAAAGGGAUUGUUGAUUUGUGAUCAUAUUUUAAUCAUAUUUUUUAGUACUGAAAUCACCAGACAUUAUGGGUGGUAUUGACAGAUCAUGAACUAUCAAUCUCUUUAUGGAAUACAGUGUGUAGAUCUAUGGUAAGAGAGUACAUCAGAUUAAUAUUUUUUCCAUGUCAGUCAAUUUGUUGAUUCAGCAUUAUAAUUCAAUAGAGUUAAAGUUUGUAUAAAUUCCAAAUUAUUAAAGUGUAUUUAAUGUUAUUUUUUUAUUUAUUCAUUUUUUUUUUACAGAAAAUCAUUUUGAUUGAUUGUGUGCUAUUCAAGAUUAGAUAAUAGAAAUGUACCGGUAGAUAUGAUAGUCGUCAUCACGAAACUUGUAUUUUUAAUUAUACUCUUAUUAAUUGUGUUUUUCACAUUUUAAUUUUAAUGUGCUGAGAUAUAAUGUAAUUAUUUUUUUACACAACUCAAUCAGUGGUUGUUUUUAGUUGGGGGGGAGUUCUGCUUUUGUGUGAAAGUUUGUUGCACAUUUUUAUUUGUGAGAGAAAAUUAUAUUCAUGUAAAGUUUCUUUUCACACAAUUUAUAAUAACUGUAUACAGUAUAUGCUAAUGUAAUGAAUAGAGGUGAUGUUACUAAAUUCGACCAGGUUAUCAAGGUUGACAGAAAAAGAAAGAUCAAUUGUGUGAAAUCUUGCAUUUCAAUUAGGCUUAAUUUUAAUGCAAGGUUGUUUUUUUUAAGGGGGAGACAACAACAGAUGCAUGAGAGUUUACUCACUAUGCUAAUUUCUCAUUCCUCUCCAAUAUAAGAUUGCUCUUACAUGACACAUUUACUAUUUUCAGUAAUUAUUCUUUCAAAAUAACAGUUUGCCAUUGAAUAUGUGUAUUAACUAACAUAUUUGUGGAAUGGUGCCAUUUUCCCCCAUGGUUUGUAACAAACAGAUAUUAUUAACUCUCGAGAAAAGUCAUUUAAGUCCAUUGCUGCUUCUGUUUUUAAAUAGUAAUCAAGAGGUUAUACACACAUGAAUGCUGGUUUUGGCAAAUUUACCAUAAGUGUUUAGUAUGGUGUAUGAAAGUAAUCUUCUCUCUAUAGCACAUUAGCUCAAUAGACUUAAGUACUGUUUAGCUUACACUUAUUUGUGGGCGUAUGUAUAGAUUUACGUAUAUAUGCUUUUAAUGAUAAUGAAACCAAAACUUAAAAACCAAUUUUGCACUUUUUGUAUUCACUAUUUGUCAGUGACAGAUUUAAUGUGUCUUAUGUAGUAACUUUGAGUAUUGUAUGAAGUACUUCUGUGCUGCAAACCACUAACAUAUAUUUCUGUAAUUAAUAAUAUCUUACAAUGAAUUUCA